AUGGAGUCUUCUAACUCUAACCUUCCAUCCUACGAGGAAGCCACCGCUGGCCAGGAACGCCCUCGCAUCAUCGCACACAACCGACACUGCCCUGAGCAGUCAAACGAGGAAUAUCUCAUGAGCAAUCCUCAUCUUCAAUCCUCGUACCUCCCGAUAAGAGAAUGGACGCACAAUAUGCCUGGCACCACUGCGGCUGAAACUCCAUGGCGGCUGGGCAAUGACCGAAGGCAGAAUGAUGUCAUCACUUGGCAAGUCUUCCAAGAGACUUCAAGCACGUCGGCGACUUCAAUGCAGGAAAAUGUUGUUCAAUGGCUGCGUCGUCUGUGUAUGGAAAUUUCGACGCCUUCUUCAUUUGCAGCGGGCGGAAUACCGUUGAGACCAGGCGAUAUAGAAUACACUCUCAACGCUGAGCAGAACUGGACUCACAACUGGGGAUGGGAGGUUGAACUCUACGCAUAUGCAUACCCCGAGCACAUUCGAUGUUCCGAUUGGUCCGUGACUAUGCGUAUCUACCUCCAUGACCUACCACAUCAGCUCCGUAUGGGUGGGAUUCAGUGGCGAGAUGUUGUCGUGUCGGAUUAUGACUUCCACAUGGAGCUUGACUCGUACCCAGAGCGCGGCUGGGACUGGAAGUUGACGUCGACUUGUGCAGCGACAAGUGACACGGCCCGGUCACAGAGGAAUUGGGAAGCUAGGACUAUGUCCUCGCGAAGGGUUCUGCCAUCCACUCCCGAGUUUUGGAGUUGUCUCUCGGAGGAUACGAUCUUUAGUGGAACGAUCAAGCAGAGAACUUGCCGUGACAAGUACAAGAUGGUCAUGUGGUAUUCGCAUUCGACGGCAUAUGCCAAUGACCUCACGGAGCAGACAAUUGGUCCUUGGCAUGAUGGUCUUGCGGGGGCGUUUGCCGAGUUUAUACGCCCGCUCGUUCCCCGCGGUCCAUCCCGUAUGCCCAGUGCGUCAGGGAAACACCAAGCAGACCCUGUUGUAACGGACCGGUUCUGCCAAGAGUCUAUUGCCGUUGCAAUCUGGGCGACUCCUACAUCAGUGGCUGAAGUGUCAUGGCGCCUCAUUGGCUGGCCGCUUCGAAUGCGAAAUACGGGCAACGCCCAGCGUCGCAGCUCCAGGCACCCAUAUUCCCCGGACGAUCGCGAAAUACGGCACCAAAUUUCCCUCUUCAGCUUUCGGUAUUUAAGAAUCAAGUCCCAGUCGAUUGUUCAAUAUGGAAGUUCAUCAACCCAGAACAAGUUCACCAUGGCGACCACUACCCAGUCGAAAUUCCACACCAUGUUCCACGAUGAUCCGUCCUACCAGGACAACAAGAUCGAUCUCUUUGCCCCGAGUCAAUCGCAAGACAAUUGCUUAACGGCUUUUGAGAGCAUCUCACCCUCCAACAUCGUCCCUUUGAGAAAGCUCAAGCAAUGGCCCCGAGCCGUCCUUUGUCCAGCCUGUCGAGAACUCUCCAUCACUCGAGUUGAACGCAAAAUCUGCAGCGGCACACAUGUAAUGGCUGCUUUUAUGUUUAUGUGCACUAUAUUUGGGGGCCCUGUCGUAUACAUGUCCAAGGCGUUCAAGAAUGUCGAGCACUAUUGCUGUCGAUGCAAUCGGAGGCUAGCGACUUUUCAUUUUAACACGGGGACUGAGAUUCAUGUCUACUAG